GCGCAAACUUCGCUCAAGUGCAAAAAGCAACAAUAUGUCUACAACACUUUUACCAUUCCUAUACCAAACCCGGACAAUGCUCCGUCCUCGUCAAGUGCCAGUCGCGGCCCUCCGACGUUCAUUUCAUUCAGCCCGACCCUGCCUUGCUCCAAAAAAACGCAAAGACCCGGGCACCGACAUCCCCUUCGCCGACGACAACCUGCGAGAAUAUAUCCCAGUCGAAAAUGUCGAUGGGGAGGAGACUCCAUUGCGCGGCACCAUCACUCCCACCGAGCGCGGCAUCUUCGAUCGCAUCUUCGCCGAUAUUGCCGCCCGUGGCCUCCGUCCCCGGCAACAACACCAAAAUCCACCUUCCCAACCGCCCACCGCCAAAGCCCAGCGAUCUAUCAACAUGAUUCUCGAGUCCGCCGCUGCCGACAUCGACUUUUCCAAACGACCUAGCUCCAUCGUCUCGCCUGCUGUCGAGGCCGGCGCUGCCAAGGAUCGCAUCAAGGCCCUUCAACGUUUCCCGCCUUCUCUACGCGCCGCUGCCCGCAAGUCCCUCGACCUCAUGGAGCCAAUGCAAUCUGGCGCCCGCAUGCCUGGUGCCCCCUCCGUAUACUCCUUAGCAGAAGGCGGGGGAAACGGCACCCAUGCCGCGGAAUGGAUGAUUAAGGACAAGAUGCGUCAGGCCGAGCUCGACGCCCAAAGGGAGCCCGAGCGGAGAAGGGUCGAGGAUUUGAUGUACGCGGCGAAGUCCGACUUUGAGCUUUGGCAAAUUAUGGAGAGGGAGGUUUUUACCCUCCCCGAGAAGCUCGGCAUUCGAAGCCCCCAGCCCGAUGCUCGCUCGACCGGUGACAAUCGUACUAAGGCUUCCAAAAUCAGCAACAAGGAGCAGAAGCAACAACAGCAGGGACUGAAAGAAGACGAGGAAAUUUCAUGGAAACGGUCGGCUGAGGCAGUGGAUGGUACCGAGCAUAGGCUCAACCUCUACGUCUACGGUCCGCUGUAUCCCCAAUUCCUCCUCCUCGGCCUUCGACUCCUCGACACCUCUUUUACCGCAUCGUCGCCCCUCGCCCUUUCCGUCCUGCCGCGCAUUAAGGAGCUCGGCCUCGAGUCUUUCAUCUUAGGCGUCUCAACCCCCUUCUACAACGAACUCCUCGAGAUUUUCUACGGGCGUCAUGGGGACCUGUCGAAGAUGCUGGAUCUGAUGGAGGAGAUGCGCCAUGCUGGUCUGUACUUCGACCAGGGCACUCUGUCCAUUCUCAAUCGCGUGCAGGAGCAGACGAGCAUGCUGGCCCGGGGCGCCUUUGGCACGCUGGCCAAGGCCGUCAUGACCAUGCCCGAGUACGAGAAGUCGGUCCGCGAUCGCAUGUCGUACUGGCAUGCUCAUGUGGAUGAAUCCGUGAAACAACGGGAAAUCGAUCUGGACCAUAGUAAACUCGCUACCAGUGGAAUUGCUGUGGAUAUUUAGUCACAUUUCGGUAUUGAAUCAAAGCUCGGUCUACUCGUACAUGAUCCCUGGACUUGUUGAAUUAUAUAUGCCAGUCCAAUGGGAUGAAAAGAGCGGUGGCAUGGGCUGCACACGCGGUAUUCGUCAAAUUAAGCAUGCAAUAUCCUCGCAGAGCAUCAAAAUCUUCGCGAUGUGGGGAGUCUUUGGUGUUGAAUCUCAUAUCCUCUACGUAUGGCACUUGCAUCGAGCGCCGGAAAGCGUGGGCGCAUGGGUUACAACACCUUUUAUGGGAAGCCCACAUUCUUUGCCGUUGCUCGCCGUAGUAAUUAAAAUAUUAGGUUUUAGCGGGAGC